AUGUUCUCCCGACCCUUGUUCUCGGCGACCCUCCGCCGCGCAGCCGCUCGGCCACUGGCUCGCCCAGCUGCCUACAGCCUCCGGCCGCCUCCCUUCCUCACCGCCUUCCAGAAGCGACUGCUCUCAGACGACACCCGGCAAGCCAUCGAGAAGGCCGUCGCCUCGUCGCGCGUCGUGCUGUUCAUGAAGGGCACCCCCGAAACGCCCCAAUGCGGCUUCUCGAGGGCCAGCAUCCAGAUUCUCGGCCUGCAGGGCGUCGACCCCAGCAAGUUCGCCGCCUUCAACGUCUUGGAAGACAACGAGCUCAGACAAGGUAUCAAAGAGUUCUCGGAGUGGCCCACGAUCCCGCAGCUCUACAUCGACAAGGAAUUCAUCGGCGGGUGCGACAUCCUCGUCUCCAUGCACCAGGACGGCUCGCUCGCGAGGAUGCUCAUCGAGAAGAACCUCCUGACGCCCUUAGACGGCAGCAACGGCGACGGCGGCAACGGCAACGCCAGCAGCUAA